CUUGAAUCUACUGAGGACAGAAUAAUUCACGCUAAAUCCUCAAAGAUUGGAACAAACUGAUCGAUUAUUUAAAAAAUCAUUACUUAAAACGCCGUAACUAUAACUGUCACUGCAACAGUGCAAAGAUCAACCUACCUGUAGAUCUAAACCAAUCACUGAAAAUGGCAGCUGGAGACUCCUCAUUUGAAAGUCUUGACGAAAUAGGCAACUUCUCAGAUUCUGGCAGUGACUACGAGGCGACAUUAACAUCCACAAAGCGGAAAACACAGGCAGUGACUGGUCCAAAGCUACCCAAGAGACCCAGGCAUAAAGCUGCAUUGAGGGGGUCCAGCCUCAGUAGCACUAGCAGCUCCAUCCCCACCCCUCCAACCCCCCCCCUGCAGCAGCAGUCCCGAGGGAGAUCCAAGCAGGCCUCUCCUAGACCGGUGACAAGAGAGAACGAGGGGAACAGGGGAAUCAGUGCAAAGGAUAUCUAUGAUGCUGUCUGCUCUGGAAAGAGUGCCAUGGUGACGGUGGUGGACGAGUGGCUGGACAGCUACAAGCAGAGCCGAGAGGCGGGGCUGCUGGUGCUCAUCAACUUCAUUGUUCAGUCCUGCGGAUGCAAAGGUGUGGUGAGCAGAGAGAUGUUGGACAGCAUGCAGAACGCUGAGAUCAUCAGCACGCUAACCAAAGAGUUUAAUGAGGAAUCAGUGAACUACCCUCUGUGUACUCCAGGCCCUGAGCUGAGGCGUUUCAAAGCCAGCCUGUGUGAGUUUACUCGGGUUCUGGUGCGCUCCUGUAGGAACAGCCUUAUUUUUGACGAGUACCUGUUCCCCUCCCUGCUGGCUCUGCUCACCGGCCUGUCCGACUCGCAGGUCAGAGCCUUCAGACACACCAGCACCCUGCUCGCCAUGAAGCUGAUGACUGGGCUGGUGGAAGUGGCUGUGAUCGUGUCUGUUCAGCAGCAGACCACCCAGCGGCAAUACGACAAGGAGAACAGCAAGAGGGCAUCUGACAGAGCCUCUGACGGACUGGAGGAGCUGCGGGCCACCAUUAGUCAGCUGCGGGAGAACAAAGAGGAGGUAUCCUCCAUGAUGAACGCUACGUUUCGUGGUGUGUUUGUGCACCGUUACCGGGACCGGCUGCCUGAGAUCCGGGCUGCUUGUAUUGAGGAGUUGGGCGUUUGGCUGAUAAAUGACCCCGAAGACUUUCUGAAUGACGGAUGUAUGAAGUACCUGGGGUGGACCCUACAUGACAAGCAAAGUCCAGUGCGUCUGCAGUGUGUCCGUGCCCUGCAGGCCGUGUACCAGGAGAAGGAAUUCAUUGGCCGCCUGGAGCUUUUCACCAGCAGAUUUAAAGAGAGGAUGCUCGGCAUGGUGCUGGACAAAGACCUGGAUGUGGCAGUGGAAGUGGUCAAUCUGUUGCUGCUGAUCCAACAGAGCACAGAGGGUGGUCUGAGAGAGGAGGAGUGCGGACACAUCUAUCCGCUGGUCUACGCUUCAAACCGAGGCCUGGCGUCUGCCGCUGGCGUCUUCCUCUUCAACAAGCUGAAAAGUGUGAUUGACAGUGAGAACCAGGUGAAUGGUACAAGUGGAAAUGCAGACCUCCUUCAAAUCCUCAUCACCUUCUACAUGCAGAGUGAGUUCCACGAGCACGGGGCGUACCUGGUGGACAGUCUGUGGGGCGUGGCGAAAUCUGAGCUGAGAGACUGGGAGACCAUGACCACGGUUCUGCUGCAGGAGUCUGGUCUGAUGUACGAGGAGGAGGGGGCUCUCGUAGAGCUGAUGAUAUGCGCCCUCAGACAGGCAGCACAGGCGAGCCCCCCUGUUGGGAGGACUCAGAGCAAGAAGCUUCUCAGUAUGAAGGAUAAGAAAGCCCAGGAGCAUGACAGGAGGCGCCUCACCAUGCACUUCAUCCCGUUACUGCCACAGCUGCUGGCCAAGUACUCAGCAGAUGCAGGGAUUGUGACUCUCCUUCUCAAAGCUCCCCUCUACUUUAACCUGGAGAUGUACAACAGCGUGCCGCGGCUGGAGAAGCAUCUGGACCAGCUGCUGUUUCAGUUGUGUGGGAUCGUGGAGAAGCACACGGCGGUCACUGUGCUGCAGGCUUGCGCCACCCUGUUCAGCGCCCUCUGUUCCGACAGCUACACCUUCUCCUCCCGCUCUCACCUGGCCUUCAGCCAGCUGCUGGACGGCCUGACCGAGUGCUUCAGCUCCUACCUGAGCGACAUGCUGCAGGGCACUGCAGAUGACGAUAGCGUCUACAGUGCAGCCACUACUCUGAAGAGGAUUGCAGCACUGAGCAGUGCCAAGGACACGACAGUCUGGAAGCUGUUCGACCCUUGCCUUGAGCUUCUGAAGAGCAGGAUUGAGUCCAGAGACCUCGACAAAGAGCUCAUGGUGCCGGCUCUGAAGUGUGCUGCCUUUAACCUGAUGUGGGCUAAAAUGAACGCAGUCAACUCAACUCCAGCUGAGGAGGAAUUAAAGCGUCUGAAGAAGGAGAUGCGCUCGUUCUGCAAAGUGUGUGAGACGUGUCUGUCUCUGAACCAGACGGAGAUCAGAGAUCAGGCGUUCGAGCUGCUGUGCGACCUGCUGCUCCUGUACAGUCAGACUUCGGUCUGCUCGGCGCCCGCCCUCCAGACGCUGGUCCUCCUGCCCUCAGACUUCCUGCGCUCUGAGAUGGCUGCGUUCCUCGUGGACUACGUCUUCUCUGACUCUGAUGAUGACGAGCUCAAUGUUGAGGAGGAGAUGAAGAUAACGGUUCUCCAGAGGAAGCGCAACCAGCUGGCUGGCUACUGUAAGCUGGUGAUCUACGGCGUGCUGGACCUCAACGCCGCCACCGAAGUCUUCAAGCACUACAGCAAGUACUUUAAAGACUUUGGCGACAUCAUUAAAGAGACCGUAAGCAAGAGCAAACUCAUCAGCCCCGUCCAGAGCGCCAAGACGGUCUGCCUCAGUCUGCAGCAGCUGUUCUCGGAGAUGCUGACGGAGGACCACAGCCAGCAGGAUCUCAGUGAGAUUAGAGAAUUGGCCAAGAAGCUUGCCAUGAGCUUUGGCGUUGAUCUUCAUCGCGUCCGCAAACCACUGGUGGCCUUGCACAUGGAUGGUAUACAUUUUGCAUUUCGGAAGCCACAGGAGGAGGAAGAGCCGAACAUGAACUUGGCCUUCCUGGAGAUCCUCAGCGAGUUCAGUUUCAAGCUGCUGCGUCAGGACCGCACCCAGCUCGCUGCCUAUCUGAAAUCAGAGUGUCCCUCUGCUGCCCUCUCCUGGCCGUCCGUCAGGAUGUAUCAGUGCUCCUUAGAGGGCCGCUCCUCCUCUAAACCCAGAGAGAAGGAGGGAGGAGAUGCCGCCUCCUCUCACGAUACACCUGCAGCUAAACGCAAGAGGACCACUACCCAGGAUGACAAGAUCCAGCGGGAGCGCGACGGGACAACUCGCAAUAUGAAAGUAUUUCAGGAGGUCUCUACACUGAUGUGCGGAAGCGGUUACUCGAGGACUGUCUUGCAGUGUAGGGAAAAACUGAUGAAGAUGAAGAGUUCAGUGGCCAGCUCAGCCAGAGAGUCCUUGUUGGACAGCCUCAGUUUCCCCAGCAACCUGCCCACCCCCGCCCUCACCUCCACUGCCCUGAGAGUCGGAGCCAAGCAGCAAGCCGCCUUCGGAGCCACAGAGAAUGAUGAGGGCAGCGGCUUCACUGAGCCCGAGUCUGAGGAUGACUUCUCCAUAGGGUUCACUAUGCGCAAGGUGAAGCCCGCCAAGCAAUGCCAUCUCUCCUCCAGCCAGACCGGCACCUCUCUGGAUCAGCGGGACCUGAACUCCAACCUCACCUUACUCUCUCUGAUUGAAGAUGGUGAAGAAGAAGAGCCUGAGAUUGAUGAUUAUGAGAGUGGCUCCGAUGAUGAAUCUGAAUGUUCACUGCCCUCCACGCGCCACACCUCCGCCAGCGUCCUCGAUGAGCUCUUUGACUGAGGACACGGAGACCUGUACCGUCGGGGGAACAACCGUUGUUUUUCGUUAAAGUAUCUCUUCAACACUACUGCGUUUUCUGUGUUCUCAGUACAUUUCAGUGUACUAUGUAUUUGGGGCAUCUGUUCUUCUACAUGACCACUUACCAAGUUCAUCUAUCAGAUUUAUUUCAGUCACUAAUUUUGUUGGAGGGGAAAAGGAAAGACUAAAUGAUUAUGAGUUUUGGGGGGAACAUUUUAUGCCAUUUCACCAAAAGGAAAGUUUAUGUUUUGAAAGAAAAUGUUUAAAGGAGUUUUCAUGUUCUGUUAGAUUCCUCUUGGUUGAUUCGUGUCUGGUUAAAAGUAUCUCCUGUGUCCCACUUUUUGAAGUUAGGUUCAUAACAUAUUUCACUGUUGUUGACUGUUUUUUUCGUGUGUAACGUUUGUUUAUAUAAUUAUUAUUAAAAUAUCCUUUAUUGAGCAAACGGUGUUUUAAUGAGAUCACAAGAAAAGAUAUGUAAAAACAGAUGUGAUGCACAUGCAUGCAUUUAGAGAAUGCACAGUACAUCAACACCUUUUAAACAAGUUCAAAUAUGUGAUUGUAUGUAUUACUGAAAAUAACUAAUAACAAGUAAGCUUUGAGUUUCUGUUUCCUAUUAAUAUCAUGCAUUUAGUAAUAUAUGUAAUUUGUGAACCAAACGAUUACAAUUAAACAACCAGAACACAAUUCACUGGGGGAAAUGUCUACAUCAGAAAGUCACACCCUUUAUAUUUCACAUUUUGAAAAGCCAGAUGAAAAUACAUAAACACCAAUACUCAGUC